AUGCGGCCCUCCUGGCCGGGGCUGCGGCGGGCACUGCAGCUGACCCUGGCCAUCGUCAAGCCCGACGCGGUGGCCCACCCACUCGUGCUGGAGGCAGUGCACGAAACCAUUCUGAGCCACAAAUUCUUGAUCGUCCGGACAAAGGACCUCCUCUGGAGCAGAGAGGACAGCCGGAGGUUCUACCAAGAGCACUCAGGGCGCUUUUUCUACCGGAGGCUGGUGGAGUUCAUGUCCAGCGGCCCCAUGAGGGUUUAUAUCCUGGCUCACGAGGAAGCCGUCUCUCGCUGGAGAUCCCUGAUGGGUCCCACCAAGGUGUACCGUGCCCUCCACACUGCCCCAGGGUCCAUCCGUGGGACUUUGGGCCUCACCGACACCCGGAACACCGUCCACGGCUCAGACUCUGCAGCCUCAGCCAGCAAGGAAAUUGCCUUCUUCUUCCCAGAUUUCAACGAACAGGAGUGGUACCAGUGCGAGGAGCCACGGCUUUGUAGAGAAACAGGUGGUCCACACGUGGUCCUGGGCUGCAACCUGAAAGACAGCUAG